AUGGCGCACCCUAUAGCCUCUCAUGAACGCAGUCUGCACACCAUGAGCCAGGACUUGGCUUUUGUAGAAGAGCGCCUAGUUCGCGCCCUGCAAAAGCCCCAAAUGGACCAUUCGCUGACGCAGACCCUCGACCGGCUGCGGGCGUUGCGGGAAAUGGUCGCGGCCAUUCAGGCCAAGCACUCGGAGGUGACCUCCCUGUGGGAUAGCAUAGCAGCGGCGGCUCGCAGCCAGGCCUGCUGCUUGCAGUACCUGCAGACUUUACAGGCGGUGGCGGAAGCAAACGGCUGCUCGCAGCAGCAGCCAGAGGAGCUGUGCGCGUCAGCUGAGGAGUUUGCGAAGUACUUUUGGUCGAGAGAUUUUUCUAUGGACAGCAGCCAGCCGUACCUGCCUACGCUGUCUUUCGCCGGUAGCAGCUUCAGCAGCAACUUGGCGCUGUUGGGCGCCGGGCAGGAGAGCCCGUCUAUGCAGGGAAUGAGAGGUUCCGCAGGGCCGGCGAAGGAGCCGGAAUGCUCCUGA